AUGGCGACCUACAGCCUGGCGAACGAGAGGCUGCGCGCCCUGGAAGACAUCGAGCGGGAAAUCGGCGCCAUUCUCCAGAAUGCAGGUACCGUGAUCCUGGAAUUGUCCAAGGAGAAAAGCAACGAGCGGCUCUUGGACCGGCAGGCGGCGGCCUUCACGGCGUCGGUGCAGCACGUGGAAGCGGAGCUGUCGGCUCAGAUCCGCUACCUCACCCAGGUGGCCACGGGGCAGCCCCAUGAGGGUUCCAGCUACUCUUCGAGGAAGGACUGUCAGAUGGCCCUGAAGCGAGUGGACUACGCUCGCCUCAAGCUCAGUGAUGUGGCCCGAACCUGUGAGCAGAUGCUGGAAAACUAGGCCAAGCAGGUGGAGUGAGAGCUCGGAGGAGGACCCGGGACAGGGCCUGUCCUCACCCGGGACAGAACCCAGACACCUGUGCAAGGGGUAGUGUGGGCCGCCACAUACACGCCCUGCUGGCCAGAGGAUAUGGGGACAA